ACGAAAAUCUAUCUAUCUUCUUAUCCGGAGUUUGGGAAGCCAAUAGGAAGCGUGCCAACUGCCAUGAAUUGUGAAUAAAAAACAAACCACACAACCUCUCCAUACCAUUCUUCUCUUCUUCGGUCAUGGCGUCCACUCUCGGCACUUCUUCGAUUGCAUUUGCUGCUAUUCCUUCACGUUACCUCUCUUCCCUUUCUCAUAAGCCCUCCAUUCAUACUCUCUCUCUUACUUCAGGGCAGAGCUCUGGGCGGAAGUUUUGUGGAGGAAUUGGAAUUCAUGGCAUUAAGGGAAGGUCUCAGUUCUCAGUUGCCAGUGUUGCCACUGAAGUGAACGCUGUAGAACAGGCUCAGAAUAUUACUUCUAAAGAAAGCCAGAGGCCGGUCUACCCGUUUUCUGCCAUAGUUGGACAGGAUGAGAUGAAGCUUUGCCUUCUCCUUAAUGUGAUUGAUCCUAAGAUUGGAGGUGUGAUGAUCAUGGGGGAUAGGGGAACAGGGAAAUCCACAACAGUUAGGUCAUUGGUUGAUUUACUUCCUGAAAUUGAGGUUGUUGCUGGUGAUCCAUAUAACUCAGACCCGCAAGAUCCAGAAUUCAUGGGUGCUGAAGUGAGAGAGCGUGUACUGAAUGGAGAGCAACUUGCUGUUGUCUUAACCAAAAUUAACAUGGUUGAUUUGCCAUUGGGAGCCACAGAAGAUAGAGUGUGUGGAACAAUUGAUAUUGAAAAGGCCUUGACUGAGGGUGUCAAAGCAUUUGAGCCUGGGCUAUUGGCUAAGGCCAAUAGAGGAAUACUAUAUGUUGAUGAAGUUAAUCUUUUGGAUGAUCACUUGGUUGAUGUGUUGCUGGAUUCUGCAGCAUCAGGUUGGAACACAGUGGAGAGAGAGGGUAUUUCUAUCUCACAUCCUGCUAGGUUUAUCCUAAUUGGCUCAGGCAACCCUGAAGAAGGAGAACUCAGGCCACAGUUGCUAGAUAGGUUUGGAAUGCAUGCUCAAGUUGGAACUGUUAGGGAUGCUGAGCUGAGAGUGAAGAUUGUGGAGGAGAGAGCUCGGUUUGACCAAAAUCCAAAGGAAUUCCGAGAUUCUUACAAAGCUGAGCAAGAGAAGCUCCAGAAUCAAAUUUCCUCAGCAAGGAGUGUUCUUUCUUCUGUUCAAAUUGAUCAAGAUCUCAAAGUGAAAAUUUCCAAGGUUUGUGCAGAGUUGAAUGUGGAUGGAUUAAGAGGAGACAUAGUAACAAAUAGAGCUGCAAAAGCUCUUGCUGCUUUGAAGGGAAGAGACAAAGUAAGUGCAGAAGAUAUUGCUACUGUCAUCCCUAACUGCUUGAGACACCGUCUUAGAAAGGAUCCCUUAGAGUCAAUAGACUCGGGUUUACUUGUCACUGAAAAAUUUUAUGAGGUCUUCAGCUGAGUGUUAUAGAUAUAACAUGGUCUGUUGCUGAGGUAUUUGAUAAGGAUAUAACUAUUUCAUUAUUUACAUUUUAUCUUAACCUUUUCUAUGGGGAUACUUAAUAUCCUUAGACACGAGUAAGAUUCAUGGAUUCCUUAUACACGUGGGGAACUCCAAGCCUUUUUUAACGUGAAGAGUCGUUCUCUAUUUUCUUCUACUUCUCCAUUUGUAGCCUAUUAGAGUAACUCAGCCCCUAACAGUCAUUACUCCAUUGCAAACAAAAUUGAUGAAAACUAGGAUCUGGAUCUUCUCCUGAUGGGGCGAGAACUCAACUUUCUAGUUUAUUUUUGAAUCUAUCCCAUUAAUGUUUUGAGAGUUGAGAUUUCGCUUAUGUGGAAUAAGAUAAGCGAAUCUAUCUCUUCCUUUGCUGCUGUAACUGUAACUGUAACUUCCGUUAAAAAUCAGUGCUAUGUUCUGAGGUUCCCUCAAAACAAUAGAUUUCACAUCGUACAAUUGCAUACAUAUCUAAGAUAAGUUGAUGGUAAUGAUGAGUGGUCAUAAGCAAAUCAAGAUCCCAACAUUGAACGGAAGACGUUUAUUUUCUUUGGUACUUUGAUUUGAAAAUAGA